AUGUUGGGGACGGGAUUGCAGUUAACUCGGGAACGAGGAGAGGAUCGGUUAUAUAAUGCUGUGAGAGCGCGUAGAACUCACCGGACCGAUCAACUCCGUAGAGCACAAAGCGAUGUUUCCGAUGAUAAACCGGUUGAGAACCGGACAUGUGGGUCAGAUGAUUUGACUAAACCGGUAAAAGUUACUGUUCCGGCGUUUGAGAGUAAUUUGAAUCGGUUUUUGCAGUCGAUCACGCCUUGUGUUCCUGCUCAGUAUCUCUCUAAGACGACAAUGCGGGGAUGGAGGACGUGUGAUGUGGAAUUUGAGCCGUAUUUUGUGCUGGGUGAUUUGUGGGAAUCUUUUAAAGAAUGGAGUGCUUAUGGUGCAGGAGUGCCAUUAAUUUUGAAUGAUAGUGACUGUGUUGUGCAAUAUUAUGUUCCUUAUCUUUCUGGUAUUCAAAUAUAUGCCGAUUCUACGAAGAUGCCUCCCAAGUCGAGGCGAUUGGGUGAGGAUAGUGAUAGUGAUUUUAGGGAUUCAAGUAGUGAUGGAAGCAGUGAUUAUGAGCAUGAAAGAGGACUGAAAUGCUCAAGGGAACAGUGGAAUCAUCAUCAUUUAACAAAUGACUUUCCUCUUAGAAUGGAUAGAUUAUCGUUGAGAGAUCAACAUAUUGCCCAUCAAGAGGACUUCUCCAGUGACGAGGGUGAAUCUAUGAAUUGUCAAGGUUGCUUGCUAUUUGAGUAUCUUGAACGAGAUGCUCCUUACAGCCGGGAGCCAUUAGCUGAUAAGAUAUUGGAUCUUGCCUUCCGUUUCCCUGAGCUAAAGAUGCUAAGAAGUUGUGAUUUAUUACCUUCAAGUUGGAUUUCUGUGGCCUGGUACCCAAUUUAUAGAAUACCUAUGGGACCAACUUUAAAAGAUCUGGAUGCUUGCUUCCUGACAUACCAUUCUCUUCAUACCUCAUUGGGAGGUGGGCAAAGUGCACAGGCCCCUGUAAUGAUGUAUCCCAAUGAAGCGGACGGUGUGCCCAAGAUGUCCUUGCCUGUUUUUGGUCUUGCUUCCUACAAGUUCAAGGGGUCCUUGUGGACCUCUAAUGGUGGAUGUGACCGGCAGUUGGCGAACUCCCUAUUGCAGGCUGCUGACAAAUGGUUGAGACUGCUUCAGGUCAAUCAUCCAGACUUCCUGUUUUUCUGUCGCAGGUGA